AUUUUCUUUUGUUAAGACAAUUGUUAGCAUUGGUUUAAAUUCACCUGGUUUCCAGGAAACACCUACUUUAGAUGGUUAAAGGGAUGGGACUUGGAAAAGUUGUGGGAGGUAUUGUGUCUAUGUUUAGGUUUUUUUCAUUCCAGCUUGCAUGAAGGAAGCCGUUUGUGCAUUAUAAACAAAGAUGUGUGAAAGAACCUGUCAGUCAAACAGGUGAACUCUGGUUGUAACAGCCAAAGCAAUGAUGUCUUAUUUGGUUUUGAUGAAUCUCUUUCUAAUGUUCUCUUGGCUGAAGGAAGUGACAGAUGCCUCUCUGACAAAACCCAGCCUUCCGGAAUUCACGGCUCCAGGAGACAUCAUCAUCGGAGGGCUUUUUCCCAUCCAUGAGGCGGUGAAGGACAACAUGAACUUAUACAGCAUCUCACCACCCCAGCGUUCUAACUGCAGCGGAUUUUACACAAGAGGUCUAACUCGGGCCCUAGCUAUGAUUCAUGCUGUGGAAGUGGCAAACAGAUCCCCUAUGCUGACUGAUUUGAACAUUACUCUUGGAUACCGCAUUCAAGACACAUGUUAUGAUGUUACCACUGCACUUUGGGCCAUCCAGGAUUUUACACGGUCAUCCUCAGCCUGUGAUGUAGCGCCAAACUCUUCUCUAGAUGCCAAACCCACCAUGGCAAUAAUUGGGGCCUCUUCCUCUGAAAUCUCCAUUGCAAUUGCCAGGGAACUUAACCUUCUACUAAUUCCACAGAUUAGUUCCUCAUCGACGGCCAUCAUUCUGAGUGACAAAAUUCGUUUUCCUGCUUUCAUGAGGACUGUCCCCAGUGAUGAGCACCAGACCAGGGCCAUGGUCAAACUGUUAAAGGACAGGAAAUGGAACUGGGUUGGAAUUAUUACUACAGACGGAGACUACGGGCAUUCUGCUAUGGAAAGCUUUGUUGCCCAGGCCGCACAGGAGGGAAUUUGCGUUGCCUUCAAGCAAAUCCUACCCGACUCACUUACGGAUAAACAAAAACUUAACACCUCGAUCAACCAGAUGGUGAACACCAUUGUCAAUAACCCUAAAGUUAAAGUGGUGGUCUCCUUUGCUAAAUCUUCUCAAAUGAAAGACUUAUUCAAGGGUUUGUAUGGUAAAGUUUUUGAUAGGAGGGUGUGGGUGGCCAGCGAUAAUUGGUCGACUGCUACAAAUAUUCUUGAAGAAGUGAAUCUCACAGAUAUUGGAGAUGUACUUGGGUUUACCUUCAAGAGUGGGAAUGUAACAUCGUUCAAACAGUUCCUUAAGGAUUUACAGUUUGAGGAUGAAGAAAAUCUGAAUUCAUUUCUGAAGGAGUUUUUAGAAAAUUCGGAUGUAGGAAAUAUUACAGUGGCGGUACAGAAACUCCUAAAAAAUACUUAUCCGGAGAUGGUCUUUAGCAUUCAGCUGGCUGUCUGUGUUGUUGCAAAAGCUGUGGCUGAACUAUGUGGGAAACGCCAAUGCAAGAAUUCAACAAAAAUCUAUCCAUGGCAGCUCCUUGAACAGAUGAAAAACAUCACUAUUGAGAUGGAGGGGGCAAAUUACAAGUUCAGUACAAGCGGCGACAUUGAUUUGGGAUAUGAUGUCAUCUUAUGGCAAGAAGAUGAAUUGAAUAAAACUGUCAAAAUUGCUGAAUACGAUAUAAUCACUGGCAAUUUCACCUAUAUACGCCAGAAUCUAAGUGUUUUUAAGAAUGUGAUAUCAAAAUGCUCAAACAGCUGUCAGCCAGGGGAGUUUAAGAAGACAGCCGAAGGGCAGCACACUUGUUGUUACGAAUGCAUCAAUUGCUCAGAAAACUAUUACUCCAACAACACAGAUAUGGUCCAGUGCUACUCAUGUGAAACAGACGAGUGGUCAGACUCUGGGAGCUUCAAAUGUUACCCCAAGACUUAUGAGUACUUUGAGUGGAAUAAUGGGUUAGCUAUAGUGCUCUUGACCUUGGCUGCUUUGGGCGUCCUCUUCCUCUUCUUGAUCUCUGCACUCUUCAUCUAUCAGAGGAACUCUCCUGUGGUAAAGGCAGCAGGUGGACCUCUCUGUCAUCUAAUCCUUGUUUCCCUACUGGGAAGUUUCGUCAGCGUUGUCUUCUUUGUGGGUGAACCGUGCAACAUGACGUGUAAGGUGAGGCAGGUGGUCUUCGGCCUGAGUUUCACGCUCUGUGUCUCAUGCAUUUUGGUCAAGUCUUUGAAGAUCCUUCUGGCUUUUCAGAUGAACUUGGAGUUAAAGGAGCAUCUGACCAGGCUUUACAAGCCAUACAUGAUCAUAUGCAUCUGCACGGGGGUGCAGGUCAUCAUUUGCACCGUUUGGCUGAUCUUGCACAGCCCUUAUAAAGACAAGGUGCCUAACCCCAAAGUCAUUCUGAUAAAGUGUAACGAGGGCUCAAACGUGGCAUUUGGGGUCAUGCUGGCAUACAUCAUUUUAUUGGCACUAGUGUGUUUCAGUUUCGCUUACAAAGGCAGGAAACUUCCGCAGAAAUACAACGAAGCAAAGUUCAUUACGUUCGGUAUGCUCAUUUAUCUCAUGGCCUGUGUUAUUUUUAUACCUGUGCACAUUACCACAAGUGGCAAAUACUUACCAGCUGUGGAGAUGGUGGUUAUUCUUAUAUCCAACUAUGGAAUAUUGUGCUGCCACUUCUUGCCGAAAUGUUACAUAAUCAUUUUUAAAAAAGAGCACAAUACCAGAGAUGCUUUUCUAAAGAACAUUAAUGAAUAUUGUACCAGAAGUGUUAAGAACAUAAAGGGUUUGAGUGAAUCAGUCUAUACCAUAUCUAAUCCUCAUCUUGUAGCUGCUGAGAAUGCACCUAAUGUUUCUGCACAAAAAUAAAAACAAACAGUGACUUAAAUGUAUACAAGGCCAGAAAUUAAAGAUUGGCGGUCCACCAUCAGAUUUAAGAUAUGAGAUAUUGGCAUCUUUAGAUCAAAAAAAGACUAUGAACUCACAAUGAAGUUUUUGAAGCUGUAUUAAUUUAAAUAAUUCUUACCCUGCAUGUGAAAUCCAGGCUAAAGUCUCAUAAGCCAAUAUGAGAUUAGAUAUCCAUCAGAUUUCACCUUUCAAUCUUUGACAUAGCUUUACUCAGUCAAUAUUAAAGAUAUAUUUUCUCAGAAUGUUCUUUACAUUAUGUACGAAGAUUUAGUAAACAGCAUAUCACAAAAAUGAGUAUAAUAUAGUUUAUUACAGAGUAAUGUUUACAAAUGUGUAAAUAGUAAACAGAGUGCAUCUCUUUAUAUCGUCUUUAGAUCAAAAGAGAAAAGUAAUUUUACUCACUAGACGUUUUUAAAAUAUUUCUUGUACUGGCAGUCAGGAAUAAAAAAUUAGUUCACUAACAUAUAUAAAGUUCAACAGAAAAAUCUACAACAAAGAAAAUAUUAUGUUUCCUCUUAGACCUCUGAUUCCUCUUUCCUUUGUGAGUUCAGGAUCAUAUGGGCGGGUAACACCUGAGCCACCGAAUGGCCCCAUUCAGGUUGCAGCAGCAUUUGAAAGUUUUUUUUUUUUUUUGAAAAUAUCAAGAUUUACAAACAAACAUGCCUGCAUAUAAUGUGUUUCUUCAGAAUAGGAUACAGAAAGAUAUAGCCUAAGGGAGCAACUAAUAAAUUAAUCUUCCCUGUUUGUCAUAAUUUGCCAUUGGUUGCAUAUUAUGCUUUUUCUUAUUAGAAAUGUGACCAUUUUCCUUUACAUCUCGUAAAUUUUUGGGAAUUUGAAAGACUAUAACAGUGGCGUAGCCUGAAUUUUUAUGUUGAUUGGCAUCUUAAAUGAGUGUGCCAAUCUAUAUUAAAUGUAGGAUAACGUCUGUAUUAAAUGUGCACAUUUUAAAGUGUUCGUGUGGACUGC